AUGACCUCAAGCUUCUCCGUCCUGAUGCUGGUCCUGUCCAGUUUCCAUGUGGUCCAGUCUCAGUUCAGGCUGUUCAACCUGCAGGCCAGCAAUCUGCCCUCAGACCUACUCGGGACCACUGACGGCUACGUGAAGGUGUUCUGUGGUGCGGCCAGUCUGGGGAAAACUUCGGUCCGUAGGGACACGGUGGAUCCCUGGUGGGAGGAGGAGUUCUCUCACUUCCUGGCUCAGGAGAACGAUGUUCUGAGGCUGGAGGUCUACGACAGUGACCUGUUCUUUGAUGACCUGCUGGGGGUCUGCCAGCGUCAGAUCAAGUUAGGGAGCCACGAGCACGACUGUUUUCUGGAAAAAGGAGGCACCCUGCACUAUUCAUACACGCUCGGCCAAAACACUCAGUAG